AUGACCGUUACCGCUCCUGCCAAUGCUCAAAAUGGCGACACCGUCCUGAGAGCGACGGACUUGCCGCCUGGCGUGUCUGGCAAGCCAUAUGUAAUCUCAUCCCAGGACGGCGAGAUCAUCUACAUUCCCCUAUCCAAGUCUGCAACAAGGCUGCUCGUCACUGGCAAGGAGACAGACAAUGCUUUCGCUGUCGUUGGCAGCAGUGGCAGUCAGAGUGAUCCCGUCGGCUUUCACUAUCAUGCCAAGACUCACGAUGUGUUCCUCUGCUUGAAAGGCAGCGUCAACGUCUGGGCCAAUGACGAGGCACGAACAAUGGGUCCAGGUGACUUUGCGAGUGUUCCGCCGGGCACGAUACAUCAAUAUCAAAUCCUGGGAGAUCAUUCCGAAAUGGUAGGCCUGAUCGUGCCAGGCGGUUGGGAGGAAUUCUUUCGAUUCAUCGGCGAACCAUACGAUGGUCCUCUCUGGCCAUUGGAUGACCAGCGUAACAUAUUCGAAGUCCUGAUCCCCAAACUUAAAGCCGCAGCUGAGCGGUUCGACAUGAUUCCACUACCACAACAUAAGCACUUGGGCCCAACGCCGUGGAAGGACACCGAAAACAAACUACCUGGAAAGCUUGAGCCGUACUUCUUGAAGAAUGCUACGGGUCCGGCAUAUCUGGCUGGAGGAGCUGUAGUUAGGCCAUUGAUCACUACAGCAGAGUCGGAUGGCAAAUUCGUCAUUGGCAGCAUCGAAGGCUCGAAGCAGCACGCGGAGACCGAUCUAUUCGCAGCAGGCCGCCAACUCCGAUUUCCAGAGACCCAUCAUGCUUUCCAGGUCGUUGAAGGUGCAGUACAAUUCGAUAUUGGCUCUGCACCUCCAACAAGCCUUCACAGCGGCGAGAUCGUCUAUGUUCCAAGGGGUACAGCUUUCAGCUAUCGAUUCCGGACAAGAUUCGCCAAGAUGUAUUCAUUCGCGAGCGGAUCUGGCAUUGUCGAGCUGUUGAUGAAAUCUGGCGAGUCAUACAACGCACCAGUGCCGCCAGAGAAGGCGAGCUUGCUGGAUGCUCAGAGGUUGCAGGACUCUGCUAAGGAUUGCGCUAGUGAUAUAUGCUGAUACAUAUGGGCCCAGCAACCAUUCUAAAAUGAUAUAUGAUACC